CCGUUCAGCCCUCAGCAGCCUCAGGCCCGGCGGAUAUAAACCUCGACAGACCCUCCCCCGAAUUCCUAUACACAAAGGUACAAAGGUACAACCCUCGUUCUGUUGCAAGGUCGACCAUCCUGCAGGCCGCACUUGCUGUCGUCAUAAACUCUGCCAGUACCUCUCGGCCCUGUGGCUUUGUCAACACCGACCGGCCAACCUGACAUUGGCUCUAUUCCAAUACUCACAAAUGUCAUUUUUCUCAAGCUUCCCUAACAACGGGUACCCCUCGUUCCCAGCAAGAGGAGGGCCCUUCACGGUCGCGAGCUCUUCCUCCGAAGGCUCAGGGUCCGGCCAGGCUAUGUCGACAGCACCCCAGUUUGACGUCUUCGAGUGGCAUCCUGCAUACCAAAGCUGCCAACGCUACUUCCUCGACCACGCACAGCACGAGAGCGCUGUCCAGGCAGUCGCCGCCCUCAUCAACAUCUGCUUACCUUUCCAGUGGACGGCCAACCCAGUCAUGAGCUCCGCAGGACCAGCUGCUCACCCGGCUGGGCCUGGGGCAUACAACCUACCAUGGCCGAGACACGGCCCAGUACCGAACUCUCGAGGUCAAACCCCCCCGGUGUGGGUUUCUCUGGUCCCGUAUAUUCGGCGCCUAGUCAUUACGGGCUUUGACAGGGAAGGCGUCAUGCACGGCUUCUUUGGCGAUGACUGGAGAAAGGGAGUAGGGCCGGUGCACGAAUGCGAGCGGCGCAACUACCUCUUCGCAGCAAAGAGCGUUGGAUGGGCCAAAGUCAAGUAUCAGUACGACAUGUCUCCGCACGAAUCGGUUCCCUUCCUCAAGCCGCUUCAGGACGUUCAGCUGGCUGAAAUUGAGGGCGCAGAGAAGACGUGGAGUCAGUGGCUUGCAAUGGAGGAUUGGAUGGUGGGUCCGCGAGCACCUGAUGUGGAGGAUCAGGAUAGCGCUAGACGCGGCCGCGAGUCCUGAUUUUGAGUUUGGAGUAUGGCGUCAG